GUCCCUUUCUGUACAAAAUAACAACUCCUAGAUCUAGCUCCCUUCUGACUUUCUUUCUCCCUUCAUUUUCCCAGAACAAAGGUCAUCUCUUUUACUCCAUCCAUUCUUAAAUUGAGAUUUUUGUUAUUGUUUUUGGGGUCCUGAUUAUGAGGAAACAAGAAAAACAUAUUUGGCGGUGACAGCCUCGAUGAUGCCUCUCCACGCCGACCUCGCCGGCGACCAAUGAAAGAAGAAUGAAGAAGAAAGGAAAGUAAAGUAAAAUGAGAGAGGAGAGGAGACUGUGUGCAUUAAAAAGAAAAAAGAAAAUUAAGCCCACUUUGUUUUCUCUCCAUUUUGGAGGGGCUGGUGGUACAGUUACUUUUCCUUCCCCUCCUCACUAUUUUUUUUUCGGGAACAGAGGAAAAGUUGUUGGGAUUCCAACUUUCCUUCACUUCCCCUCCCCUCCCCUCCUUUCCCCUCCUAAAAAAACAGAGGGU